AUGGCAGACACCAUGAUCGCAAAGGGCAUAACACCCGACCUUGGGUAUCAAGAUGCUGUUCUUUAUCUAGGAUUCGAAAAGGCUUACGAGCUUUCUGGAGAUCAGAAAUACCUGGACUGGUAUAUCGGCCAGAUCGAUGGCCCCGUUGUUCAAGAGGAUGGCUCCAUCAAAGGUCUCAACACAUCGCGGUAUAUCCUUGAUGAGUACCGAAUGGGGCACAACUACCUUUAUCUUUUCAAUCAAACUGGAGAAACAAAAUAUGAGACGGCUGCUAAUACAGUCAGACGUAUGCUUGACUCUUAUCCCCGAACUCCUUCGGGGGGCUUCUGGCAUCAACAAUUCUUUCGCAAUCAAAUGUGGUUAGAUGGUAUCUAUAUGGCCGAUUCAUUCUAUGCCAGAUGGACGCAUCUCUACGACUCAGACAAUGACACAGCUUGGGACGACAUACUUCUACAGUACGAGCUCAUACAUGAGCAUACAAUCAACGAGACAACCGGCCUUCAUGUGCACGGAUGGGUCGAAGGCCAAGCAUCAUGGGCCGAUCCAGAGACAGGCCGAGCGCCCAACGUAUGGGGACGUGCUCUUGGCUGGUACUUCAUGGCCCUCGUCGAGGUAUUGCAGUACUUCCCCACGUCACAUGCCGGGUAUGACCAGCUACUCGGAUACCUUGGGUCUGUUGCAAAUGGUCUAAAGGACUCCCGUGAUCCAGAUCUUGGCAGCUGGUGGCAAGUCAUGAAUGAGCCCUACCCUGAACGCGAAGGCAACUUUAUCGAGAGUAGCGGCUCCUCCAUGUUUACGUGGGGCUUACUGAAGGCUGUUGAUUUGGGAUAUCUCGACUCGGAUGAAUAUCUCGAAACUGCUAAAGAUGCUUUCACAAGCUUGAUUCACAACUUUGUCACCGAAGGCGACGAUGGGUCACUGGUGUUGAAUAGCACGGUCGCUGAAUGCGGAUUGACUAGUUCAAAUGUCACGUUUGAAUACUACGUCAGCAGACCAAAGCUGGAGAAUGGCCAAAAUGGCGUAGGGCCAUUCAUGCUUGCUUCUUAUGAAUGGGAGUCAUGGGCGAAGGAUGCAUGA